AUGAACGGCAAUGAGAACAAUCAGAGUAACCGAUAUGACUUUCAGCAGAUGACAGAUGGUGAACAUGUUGCGCCCUCCAGUUUUGACUCGUCAAACAAUGCCAAUUCUUCACAGUCGCAGCUUGCAAGCAGUGAACAGGCUUUACUUGCUAUUUUAGGAGGUGGCUUACAACAGAUGAAUACAAAUAAUCCAAAUCCAAAUGGGUAUCAACGAAAUGUUUAUCGUUCCGAUGGCAGUUUAAAUGUUCCUUCGGGGAACAUGCUGAAUACUUCAUGGCCUGGCUAUAAUCCAAACUUCGUGCAAGGAAGAUAUGAUCCGCCGUUUCAACCUUAUUUGAUGAACCAACAUCCGACACAACCUUUUCCUCAACCGAUGAUGGGUUCCACUCCAUCUACGCCCUCUCAGCAGUCGAAUCUUUCUUCUAUAGGAUUACCUCCUCAAUUGUCUUCAGCUCUUCCAUCUCAAAAGCAAAACCAUUUUGCUCAGUUGCUGGAACAAAAUCCUGCCGCCUCUGCCCAAUUUCCCAAUACAUUUGCCCAACGCUCAGCAGCUCCAGAUGAUGCUGCGUCAAUCCCUUUGCAUCCAAAUCAAUCAUUUGCUAAUACCCCAAAUUCAUUUCCGAAUCUUCCAUACUCUUUAGACCCUUCACAUGUUUCUACUCAGCAACUUUUAUCCACUUAUAGAGAUCAAGUGGCACCUUCUGUGCGCCCUUACCCGUACCGAACUGCUGAUACGUUUCUUCCUUCACAGCUCCUUUCUACAGCCGAUUUAUCCAAACAUGUUGACAUGGAUUCUGCUGCCAUGCCGUCUGCACCUGUGAACAACAAUAUCUCACCGGCUGCUUCCUCUUUUCCAGUCAUCCCAUCCGCUCCUAGUACCUCACCAAUGGCUUCUGCUACUUUUUUUGAGCCUACCGAGUUUGCGACACCCCACGAUCAAACGUCUACCCUAGAGCACCCUAGGUCCCUGCUAGAGUGGUCUAGUCAAAUGUCAUCUCAUACGACCCCCAUGGCUGGUGCCAGCGUCCCCGUCAGUUCUUUGAAAUCUUUUUAUAGAAUGGCUUACGAAGCUGCAAAACUAUGCAACUUGAAUCCAGCUGCUUUGGAACCUUUCGAAAAACAAAUGUUAUCUGAUAGGCUACAGGAUUCAUUAGUUUUGUUUCAUUACUUACAAGUUCGGAAUUCAAUCUGUUGGUUAUGGCGUAGAAAUCCUACUCUUCCUAUUUCCAAGGUUGAGGCUCAAGGCGUUUGUGCCGAUAGAUGUUUGUUUCCUUUGGCUAUUUUGGCUUAUGAGUUUCUUGUAAGAUAUGGAUACAUUAAUUACGGAUGUUUGUCUUUUGAGUCGAUCGUUACCCCCAAUAUUCAAAACACAUCUCCUUCGCCGCAGGAGAAACAAAAAACCAUUGUUGUUGUAGGUGCGGGCCUUACAGGUCUUGCUUGUGCUAGGCACCUGACGUCUCUCUUUACUCAGUUUACUUCUUCAUUUUCUUCUAAAGCGGAAUCCAUUCCCAAGAUUAUUUUAUUAGAAAGUAAGCAAAGAACUGGUGGCCGAAUUUAUAGCCGCGUCACUCCUCCUGCUAAUGCAUCCUUCACCGACCAGGAUGCUAUGCACGAUUUGCCCAACAUUUCAGAAGCGAUGGAUUUUGGUUUCCAGUUUUUAACUUCUGGAUCGGACAACGUUUUAUUUACCCUUAUAGAACAACAGCUUGGUCUACAAACAUUUCCCUUGGACGGGGUCGAUCUUUUACACAAUGAGCAAGACAAUAAAAUGUUUGAUAUUACUAAUUCAAAGCGGCUGGGGGCUUUAUGGACGAGGCUUUUGCACCUUGCUUCUUUACUGACGAAUGAAUCUUCCGACAUGACUUCCAGUAAUCAAUUUUUUCAAAAUUUUCAGUCAUUUCUUGAUGAGAUUUGUCCAAACCAUGAGCCUGGUCCAUUUACUACUGAAUAUAUGCCACACUUGUCUUUUAAGGAAAUCCUCAUAUUUUUGAUCCAGAAAAUUUCCUCUUAUUUGAAGUUGGCAUUAGAUGAAAAACAAUUCUUGACGUGGUCUUUGAUUUCAGAUCACGCGGAUGACAUUUUGCACGCUUCGAAAAGUAAUUCUGAUUGGAACUUUGAUUUAGGAAGUUCGACACCCAGAGUGGUGAAAAACGGACUUUCCCAAUUAAGCUGGGCCCUACAGUCCUACCCGUAUCCAUUAAAUAUACAAUAUGGAAAAAGUGUCUGUGAAAUAAAAAAUGAAAUCUCCAAAUGCUAUGUGCAUUGUACGGACUCUAGCGUUUACGAGGCUGAUCAUGUGGUGAUGGCUUGUUCACCGUAUCGUCUUACCUCCGAAAUCAAUAUACAGCCGCCUCUUCCGUCUCAAAUACUUGAUAACCUGAAGAGUACUCAAUAUGCUUCCGGAAGAAAGUUAAUCCUGAGGUAUUCGAAAGCUUUUUGGAAAAAAGAUAUACGGUCAUUUGGUGUACUACCUUUGUAUGAUAAUAUUGAAGGCGAUCUAAGUUUUUCUGCUACUGGAAAUUCCAUGCCGGUAUCUAGGGUAUGGAAUAUGUUUCCAAUAACAGAACAACCUAUUCUAAUAGCUGAUGUAAUGGAAACUGCCGUUGGUCCUGGAAAUGAAGGCGCGUCGCUAAUUCAAAUAUUGAACUCCUGGUUAAUGGACCAUUUUGCUGACCAAGCGAACGAUUCUGCUGAGCUUCUGGAUUGUUGGGAAAUAAAUUGGUCCAAUGGCAAUCCUAUGGACGGACUGUUUGUUCAAAAAAGCAAUCUUUCUGACUCUGGUGUUAUUCAAAAAAGUGGUUCUUUUAGUUUGGGAUGCCUUCACUUUGCAGGAGAUUAUUUGCAAUCUGCACUUUCCGGUUCAUCAAUGUCAAAGUCGUAUUUGGCAGGCAUUUCUGUAUGUACAGAAAUAAUUAAUGAUUUGGCACAACUCGGACUUACACUACCUGUGAUGGGAGAAACAGCUCGUAAUGAGCUUGAAGAGUAUAUGCAACGAACAACUACGAAACAUUAUGACACAGAUGUUGAAGUUCAGCGACAUCUUUCCUAUCGCGCUAGAUAUCGUCUCAAACGGCAGGAGCGACUGGAUGAACAUAAAGAAGAAAGUGAGCUGUUGGUUACCGAGCUAUUAGGCUAUAUACCUGAGCCUCCAAUUAAACCAAGUGCAAAUCCGUUUUUGUUGUAUCAAAAAAUGCAGUGGCAUGUAUGCCGAGCACUUGCUGAUGAUGAAAAGAAAAAACUUACUGGUGAUAGCGAAGCUAAAGCUACUAUAAACGAAAUUCGUGCAAAACUAGGAAAAUCAUGGCGGCAGUUGGAUGAUUUAGGUAAAAAACCAUGGGUUGAGGAGAUUGCAGCUCGCCGAGAAGCUUAUGCUGGAAAAAAUAUGCGUUAUCAACAAUUAGCCAAAGAGUAUGAGCUACGCGCCGAACAAAUUCGAAAUGAUCAUACAGCAAAAGCUCGUGAUGAGCCUAUACCGGAAGACGAAACUCGACUCUACAUAUUGGCUCAAAGAGAAGAAGCCGAACAAAAAAAUAUAGUUGAUGAAGAUGAUGGCUCUCAUAGUGCUGAGGGCAGCGACGAAGAAUACCGUGAUGACGGCGGUUCUUCAGAUUCUGGCGGCAAUGCUCUUAAUUAA